AGUCUACGUGGGGAAGAAAGGCAAAUGGACGCGUUGAGCAGCAGCAGCCGGGGCGUAUAAAUGGGACGGAGAGCCGACGACAGGCUGUAAUGCUGCGCCGGGUGCGGCAGUCUCUCCGGCAGGUGCUGUUUCUGAUGGCCCGGAGACCGGAUCUACUCUGCGGGGCUAUCGUGCUCGGCGUCCUGCUUAUACUGGCUGUCAGGUUCACAUGCAGCCGUGCUAAGAAUGUAGUGGCAGCAGCUCGGCCUCCGGUUCGGUUCUUCGCGGCCGACGCACCGGUAGUUGACCUCUAUUUGGGUCAGCUGGACCAGAUGGAGCGCCUGAGGAGUGUGGCAGAGGUGUCACUCAUCUUCUUCUAUGCACCCUGGUGUGCGCACUCCAUGGCUGCCCGACAGGAAGUGCACCAGGUUGCUAAGAACCUUGCCAAACAGGUGCAGUUCGUGGCUGUUAACUGCUGGUAUAGUCAGGGGAAAUGCAGGAGGCAAAACCGCUUCUACCACUACCCCAUCAUCCACCUGUUUUACAGAAGGUUUGGGCCUAUAGAGUACAAAGGUCCAUUUGUGGCUCCGUACGUGGAAAGUUUUAUCCUCAGAGUCAUCACGCCACUCACUUACCUCCCAUCGAGAGCCACACUUGAAGAGUUCCUCUCCUACCAUGAGCCUCGAGUGGUGGGUUUCUUCCAGUUUAACUCCUCUCCUCAGCCGCCAGGAUACAUCACAUAUUUGUCUUCUGCCCUGCAGGCCCUCAGAAGGGAUUUCCGUGGAGUUGUACGUUUUGGGGUUGUGACCAACAAACAGGUGGCAGAGGCCAUCUCAUUAAAAGAAGAUGAAACCGUUUAUCUUCACAGAAGAUUUAACUCCUCUUUGACUUUCCCUCGAAGGGAACGUAACUUCACGUCGGAGGCCAUCUGUAGCUGGGUGUUUGAACACCAUGAGACCGUCCUCCAGUGGAUGCAGCCCCCGGGAACAAAGUCCCACCUCUUGGAACAGGAGCUGACUAAGGGUCCUGCACUACUUUUGUUCCUGCCGCACAAUCCACUCGGGUCCAAGCCCAGUCCCAUACUACAGCAGAUUGCUGACAUUGCUGUGCGUUAUCAUUCCUGUGACAAUAAUAACGACUCCAGCUUGGACAGAAGUUUCACCUCCCACUCGCUGUGCUGCCAGUCAGUUCUUCUCCCAGAGUCCAGUACAAGUGUGUGUGAGGUGUGUCUCAGCACGUCAGGACCGAGUCUGACCAGCUCUUCCGUACGCUGCAUGUUCCCCUCCACAGCCCAUGGAGGAGACGUGUUGCAGUCUUAUCUCAGGCACUGCUGCCUCCACCAACUACCUGCCCCCGUGUCCAUAAAUACUGCAACCUCAGUGGGCUGUAGCAACUUUCUGAACAGCUACAGCCCGUUUAGUCAAUACAGUGCCUGCUGCAGAAAAGUAGAACCUCAACUCAAUGAAUCACAAGCCAAAGAGGGGAGAGACACACAAAGAGUUCCCCUUACAUCCCCUUCUUCGUCCAUCCCUCCAUCUUCUGUCCCUCAGCCGGGAGAAGAUGGCAUCACAGGGCUCCGGUGUCAGACCAACAGGACGCUCAGGUUUUAUGUGCUGGAUGUUGCUCUGAACUGGCCUCUGGCGGUUAGUCUUGGGGCAAUACGCAACACAACUGCUUCUCAUCACCAGGAGGCCGGUACACCAGGUGAUGGGAGCAGCGACGGGUCGUUUGCAGCUAUCGUGAACCUCAAGGAUGAGGUUCAUUAUGUUCUCCAUCGCAGCCCAGCAGCUACACUGACAGAGUCUCUGGAGGCCUUCAUCAAGAACUUCAGUGCUCCAUACAGUCUCUUGCAAAGACACUUGGUUGGAGAGGAGAACAGAAAGGGAGUUGAGGAGGAGUCCAGGCAUCCAGAUAAUCUCCAGCAGACCUCUCCUCGCCCCCUCAUCGCAGAACUGACAACCUCCUCCUUCCUGCCCUCCAUCAUGGAUCUUCAAAAGGAUGUGCUGCUGUUCUACUACACCCAGUGGUGUGGAUUCUGCUCCGUUCUGAACCACAUCAUCAUCCAGCUGGCCAGAUUAUUACAGGGAAACAGCACCAUCACCGUGGCCAGGGUGAAUGUUGCCAGAAAUGACCUUCCCUGGGAGUUCAUGGUGGAUCAUGUUCCCUCUAUCCUUCUCUUUCCCAGAUACAGAAAACAUCUCAGCGUAAAGUUUCCUGAUCACCUGCCCAUCACGUUACCCAACCUCAUUCACUUCAUCCUGCAGCACUCUGGCUCUUUACAUUAUGCAAACAAGCCAGUGACAUCUUCUGUUGAGGCAGAGGGUUCAGAACCCAGUGCCAUCCUCUGUGCAGAGUUCCUGGCACUCCAGCGCGAAGUUCAAGUGCUGCAUCAUGCCCGUGAACGUCUUUCCCAACAGCUGACGCAGCUGUGGCGCGACAACCGGCGCCUGACAUUUGACACUCGCAGCUUAGAAUCCCAGAAUGCACAGCUGCAGCAAGAGAGGCAAAGCUUAGAGGAACAACAUCAGGAGAAAAGCCGGCAGCUCGGGGAAGCGGUGAGACGACUGCAAGAGCUGGCAGACACCUCAGAAAACUUGCUGAAUGAGAACAUGCUGCUCAGGAUCCUGCUGAGGGCGCUGAAGGACAGGACGGAGGCCAGAGAGCAGGCGGAGGCAGAGAGAAAAGAGGCAGAACAGAAAAAAAGCCAUAUGGCCUCCUGACCACAAGCCUGCAGGGAGUCCUGAGAAAGAGACACAGAGACGAGGAAGAGAGAGGAAAGAGGGGCAGGAAAUGAAGGGAAUACCGUAAAUGGAUGAGCAAAAAGCUGUGAUUAGACCUGAGAUGAGGAGGUCAUGUAAAAGCCGAAGGGAUAAAUUUUGUCAUGAGAGAAAAUGAGGAUGAAACGACAGUUAUGAUCUGUCGUUAAAGAUCAGAAGAAAAAUUAAGAAUGCUGCUAAGUCUCGACACAAGUAAGGAAAGGUGAAAAAGAAAGCAAAGACGGAAAACUCCAAAGUGCUGUGAUUAUAGUGGGCUUAUCCACUCUUAGGAACCCACUAGUGUGAGAAUUCAGUGACAACUGUCCAAUUCAAACGACUAUGUCCUGAUGCGGCACUUUCAAAAAUGUAAUGUCUGUUGAUGGUUGAAGACGUAACCUGAAAUUUUCUGAAAACACUCUGCAGCCAAAGUCUCUACCUUCCCUGAAUUACCGUAAAUCCUCAUAUGAGCGCUGGUGUUCAAGUAAUGACUCUGUGUGUGACGGGCUGGAAAAAAUACAGGCUGGUAAGUAAAGACUGGGCAAAGAAAAAAUCACUGAAAAGGUUGAAAUUACCUGUAGCCUACUACUGCAGCUCACAUGGUAGAUUUAGUAUAAUGUACAUUUUCACAGCACUAAUUUCAUCAGUACAACAGCAGAGUCACGUUGUUCUCACCACUCUGCUGCUCGGUUUCUCUU